CUUCUGAAUGCUGAACUUGAUACAAAAUAUGGCUGCUGUCUUUACAGCACUGUUCAUUCUUGCAGGACAUCCAAUGGUGAUGGCUUAUAACAUUGAGUCUAUGCCUUGGAGAAACAUACAACUGAAGCAUGCUGCUGAAGGCUUUGGCUACAGAGUGAUUCAGCACAGUGACUCAAGUCUGUUGGUGAGUGCCCCUCUAGAGCAGCACGGUGUGGAUAGGAGAGGACGGGUUUACCAAUGCCAGGUCUCAGACAGCUCCUGUUCACCACUACAAAUAAAUGUUCCCCCACAUGGAGUCAAUAUGUCCCUUGGCCUUUCAAUGAGCAAGACUGAAACAUCCACAAAGACCAUGGUUUGUGGCCCAACCAUCCCAAAAGAGUGUGAAGGAGUCACUCUCUAUGGUGGGAUGUGUUUCAGCAUUGAUCCACUUCACUCUGGACUUCAAGAAGGACCUGUGCCAGCCUCUCUUGAAGCUUGUAAAGAUACUGAUAUCGUUUUUCUGCUGGAUGGGUCUGGGAGUGUGGCAUUUUACCAGUUCAGUGCCAUGAAAACAUUUGUGAAAAAUCUCAUCAGAAGACUCCUGAAGCCAUACACCUUAUUUGCCUUUGUACAAUACGCCAGCUACACUAACAUCCAUGUGAAAUUCAAUCAGUUUGAGAGAACAAGAUGGGAAUAUCAGCUGGACAGAAUCUAUCAGACUGGAGGAGGCACAAGAACUGCAGGAGCCAUCCGGACAGUUGUAAACAAUGUAUUUGAUUCCUCUGCUGGAGCGAGACCAAAUGCCAACAGGAUUCUCAUUGUCAUCACAGAUGGACAGUCAUGGGAUUCUUCAGACUACCCCAGUGUCACAGCUCUGGCUGAUGGAAAAAACAUAAUUAGAUAUGCCAUUGGGGUUGGCAAUGCCUUUAACAAUCAGUGGGCACUCAAUGAGCUCAGGAGCAUUGCAUCCUCACCCGUACCAGAUCACAUGUUUAAAGUGGACAGCUUUGAGGCACUCAACAAAAUCAGCAGCAAACUGGAGAAGAGCAUCAUUGCCAUAGAAGGAACCCAAAACACUGGUGGUGAUGCCACAACGAUGGAAUUUGCCCAGAAUGGAUUCAGCGCAGCUCUUUUGUCAAGGCCAUAUGAGAGGUUUCUAGUGAGUGUGGUUGGGGCAAAUGAGUGGAGAGGGGGUUAUCAGGACAUCCCUCUAUCCAGCAUGAGGCCAAGCUUUAGGAGGGUUGAUCAGGUCACUCCUGACAGUUAUGUUGGCUACUCCAUGGCUGUAGCAAAUGGUUACCGACAGAGCUACAUAGUAAUGGGAGCCCCCAGGUAUGACCACAAAGGCCUUGUCAUGGUCUUCCGUCCUGGAAACACACUACUGAGGAGUUUCACACAGUCUCAGAUCGGGGCAUACUUUGGAGCAGAGGUGUGUGUGGUGGAUUUGGACGGAGACUCCAACACUGAUCUGAUUCUGGCAUCUGCCCCCAUGCACACAGAGGGAGAGAGAGAGGGAAAAGUGUUUGUCUACAGCAUAUCAUAUUAUCAGGUGAUAUGUAGCAGGCAAUGGGACACAGACACCGGCGUGUCCCUGCUGGGGAUGGAGGGUCAGAGGGGGAGGUUCGGCUCGUCUCUGGCCAGCCUGGCUGACCUGAACGGGGACGGUAUCAGGGACGUGGCCGUGGGAGCUCCUCUGGAGGAUAACGGACAGGGCAGCGUGUACAUCUUCAACGGGAGGAGAGGAGGAAUCAACCCCACCUACUCACAGAGGAUUGCGGGUUCGUCGGUGCAGUCCGGACUGCGGUUCUUUGGGCUGACCGUGGCCCAGUCUGCUUUGGACCAGAGUGGAGACGGACUGCCUGACAUCGCAGUCGGGUCCAAAGGAGCGGUUCUGCUGCUCAGGUCCAGUCCCAUUGUAUCUGUACACACAAGAAUGACUUUUAGCCCUACCAAAAUUCCUGUGUCCAUCUACGACUGCUCUAACUCCCAACAGAUCAACGCGUCUGUAUGUAUUAACAUAACCAAAAUCACCAAAGGCACCUUUACAGAUCUGCAAGCUGAACUCAAUUACACAGUGACAUUGGACUAUCUUCGGCAAAAAUAUCGGGCGAACUUCACAGAUGAGGAGCGGGAGAGAGAUCGUGAGACGACUAUGAUGCUUGGGGAGAAGUGCUUCCUGCAUACCUUCUAUGUGCAGUGCUCCCCAGAGGAUGUUGUGAAUCCUGUGGAAGUCCAGGUGGCCUUCUCCUUCCAGGGGCUUCCUAUCCCGUCUGCAGACCAGCUGACACCAAAGCUGUCCAGCAGCUCUCGCAACACCACAGACCACCAGUUAAACUUUGAAAUCGACUGUGGACAGGACAGUGUGUGUGUAGAUAACAUCCAUCUCAACUUCAACUUCUCUGGAUCCCUCAUCGAGGUGGGCAUUGCACAGGAGAUGAGUGUGAUGGUGAGUGUGGAGAAUAGAGGAGAGAACUCCUACGGCACUCACAUGUUUCUCUCCUACCCUCCUGGUCUCUCCUACAGGACCUUCAUCAAGAGCCAGGGCAGGGUGAAGUGCACUUCUCUAGACAGUACAGAUGGAGUCACCCUGGGAAAGGCGGACUGCAGCAUCAACAGACCCAUCUUACGGGCUGGAGACAAGGCUAUGUUUGUUGUUGUGUAUGGAAUCGAUGGCAGCAGUGACUUUGAUGAAACCCUUACCAUUGACGCCCAGGUGUCAAGUGGAAAUGAUAUGCACUCUAACGACAGUGAACCAAUCCAGAGCAAAGACAUCGCAGUCAAGUACAGCAUUUACGCCCUCAUCAGAAGAUUUGAAAACACAACCAACUACAUCAACUUCACUGCUGGUAACAAUAGCAUGGGGAAGGAAGUGAGGCAGGAUUUGGAGGUAACAAACAGCAUUAGAGGACUCAAUCUUACUGUUGUAAUUCAUGUUCCAGUAAGACUCCAAGAUAAAGAUAUCUGGACCGAUGUGGACAGCCUUAACAUCACAGGAUGCACCAGGGAGGGUGAGCUGGAACCAAACAUAACCAAUUUUAAAGAGACCCUGCUGAAGAACAAAGAACCUAUUGUGGACUGUUCUGUUGCCGUGUGUCUGGAGUUCAGAUGCACCUCUUUCAUGUUGAGAGGUGACCGCCAAUUUUACACAGUCUCAGGAAACGUGAGCUCAGGAUGGAUUGAGCAGACUGGACUGCGUUCUGCAAUGUUUCACCUGGUCAGUUCGGCCACACUGGAGUACGAUGACAGGAAGUACAUCUUCUACUCCUCGGACUCCUCGCGCCUCGCGCCUGUCACCAAGAUUGAGACCCUUGUGGAGGUCUAUGAGGGGCCAGACCUAACUAAGGUGAUUAUUGGUGGAGCCUUUGGUGGCCUGUUUCUAUUGGUUAUCAUAACGGGGGUUCUUAUCAAGGUGGGAUUUUUCAAAAGUCGCUACGAGAGGCUGUUGUCUGAAGCAGAAGCAGCAUCUCAGAAAAAAGACUGAGAAUGAUUGUGUGUGUGUAUGACAAAAUG